UGAGCAUACAUUCCCCAUUUUGGAAAGAACAGCUUCAGUUGUAAUCCCCAUUGCAAUGGCCUUCAUGGAUUCAGGAAAGAAACACAGCCAUGCAUGCAUUCUCUGGCCAUUUCUGCUUAUCAGUCCUGUGGACUGUGGACCACAUUGCAUAGAUCAAUGCAUUUCUUCCACUGCAGUCGCAGGCAGACUGCAACAAAUCAAUCAACCAGAGAAGCUGGCACUGCGUGUUGAGGCAGGGAAGACCUACCGUGUCCCUCCCAGGGAAUACCACAUUGGCCCACGGGACACUAACAUGACCACUGAUGUAACAAUGGAGGAGGGAUACGAACUUGACCUGAUCUACGUGACGGAGCGCAUCAUCGCGGUAUCCUUCCCCAGGGGCUGCUCUGAGGAGACCUACCUGCGAAACCUGCAGGAUGUCACACGCAUGCUCAAGUCCAAACAUGCCAACAACUACCUGGUUAUCAACCUCUCAGAGAAGAGACACGAUCUCACUAAAAUGAACCCAAAGACUAUGGACAUGGGCUGGCCUGACCUCCACGCCCCACCCCUGGAUAAGAUCUGCUCCAUCUGCAAAGCCAUGGAGAACUGGCUCAAUGCCGACCUUCAGCAUGUGGUGGUGGUCCACUGCCGGGGUGGAAAGGGGAGGAUUGGUGUGAUCAUCUCAUCCUUUGUGAACUUCACCAAUAUAUCAGCAAGUGCUGGUCAGGCUCUGGACCGCUUCGCCAUGAGAAAGUUCUAUGAUGAUAAAGUGUCUGCAUUAAUGACUCCAUCACAGAAGCGAUAUGUGUGGAUCCUGAACAGCCUGCUAACUGGCUCAGUGAAAAUGAACUCAUCGCCUCUGUUCCUGCAUUGUGUAAUUCUACACGGGAUUCCCAAUUUUGACACUGAAGGAGUAUGUCGGCCAUAUUUGAAAGUCUAUCAGGCAAUGCAAGUGGUGUACACUUCUGGAAUAUACAACAUAGGUCCAGGACACAGGAACAGGAUCUACAUUGCCCUGGAGCCAGCUCAGAUACUCAAAGGUGACAUCAUGGUGAAGUGUUACCAUAAAAGCCUUCCCAGGGGGGAAAAGGAGCUGGUUUUCCGCCUCCAGUUCCACACGGGCACCGUCCAAGGUUACAAUCUCAUUUUCGAGAAGGAGGACCUGGAGGGCGCAAACAGAAAUCCCAGGUUUCCAGAUUAUGGGAAGAUUGAACUGGUGCUUUCGGAGAGUCCAGAGAGGAUAACAGGGUCGGACCGAUGGCAGAACGGCCCUGACGUGGCUGUGGACUGCAGCCUCGUGGAGGCUCUGACCCGCUGGGACUCAUACAAGAACCUGAGCUGCGACGGGGAAGUGCUGCACGCACAGGAGUCCAGGUCUUGUUCGUCCCGCCCCAAAGCCCGUCAGAAGAGUUCGGAGCAGUCGCCCCCGGGCGUGGCCUUCCGGACAGACCACAGCGACCACACCCUUUCGGCUAGCAGUGACUCGGGGCUCUCCAGCACCUCCGUGCUGACGGGCCGGGCCCAGGGGCCGCAGCGGGGCCCGAGCCAGCAGGAGGCCACGGAGCUGAAGAGGCUCCUGUGCGGGUUCGGGGUGGAGGGCUCGGAGCGUUCGGGCGCGGAGAUGCCGGGGGAGCGCUCGGUCUCCGCGGGGCCGGCCCGGGGCGUGGCCUCGGCCCGAGGGGCGCGCGUGAACGGCGAGGCGCGGCGUCUGCGGGACCGGGAGACGGACAUCCUGGACGACGACGAGGACGGCCUCCACAGCGUGGACAGCAUCGGCACCAUGUCCUCCUCCGAGGGCCGGCACAAGGGCAGCCACAACUCCCUGCUGUCGGACGACUUCGGGAGUCACGGCGGCGACGAGCACCACGCUUCCGUCUCCGUGUCCGUUUCCACGGCGAUGGACCCGGACGGCGGGCGGGAGGAGUACGGGCGGGACAAGAGGGACUUCCUGUCGAGGGGGGCGGCCAUCCCCGUCAUCCGGGUGACCCAGCACCCGGCCUUUGGGCAGGAGGGGUACUCCACGCAGACCUGGGUCCGCCAGCAGCAGAUGGUGGCGGCCCAGCAGUACCCCUAUAUGGCCACAGAGGGCGAUCUGCAAACUUGCAGGUCACCCACAGUACCAGAAGUCACCACUAGGGGCAAGAGCGACAACAAGGUGGACGAAUUCGCCGCUCUCACCGUGGACAUCGACCAGUCGAUAGACCAGCUCAACCAGCUGAUCAUGGACCUCGACCCCACCUUCAUGUCUGUUGCCGCCCGCUCGAAUUCGGUCAAGAAAACCGAGGGGAGUCACACGACCAGGUCGACCGAACACCAGGUCAAUGGUCUGAACUGCAGGCGUGUAGACAGCAACGGGACUGGGCCGCAGAACAGCUAUCAGUCAGCUGUUCCCCCGAAUGACGUCAGAGCAGACAGACCACAGGGACUGAAUCACCAAGGAAAUGAUGUCACCGGCUGCCCUGGGUUCCGCCCUCCUGGGUGGGGGCAGGCGGAGGACUUCCUGAAAUCGCCCGUCUACACGCCCGACCUACAGCCCGGUCAGGUAAGGGACCAAUCAGCAGCCAGCCAUGAGUCACGUGGGCUUCCCGGGGUCAAGGGGCCUUCACAAAGGGGUGUGUUGUUGACUAACAGUGUGGGGUACAGGAGACAGGGUGAGGAACUGGACUGCAGAGUUGCAGGUGGCAUUGACAUAAUGGUUCCCCCUACACCCUCCUUCCCCGUGUCCCCAGGAACCCCCUACGUGAAAGAAAUGUCUGAGUUCCCACAUACCAGUGGCCAGGGCGGGUUCUACAGGGCUGAGCAAGAAUCAAGGAGCUGUGCGGAGAGCAACAACCACUUCGCGCUGACCUCCGGCCCGUCAGUCAACGUCAGCCCCGCCCCCUGUCAGAGACCCGCGGGAAUAACGUGCGCCGGGUCCACGAGCGGUCCCCUCCCUCGGACGGAGAGCGUCUCUUCGGGACAUUCCUGGCCAGAGGGGGGCCGGAGAGCGCCCCAGGGCUGCCAGUCCCCCCAGGACCCCCGGCUGUCCCCCCCGCAGUCGCACCCCGUCUCCCUGGGGAACAGCCCGCCCGGAGGGGCCCAGAGGGGCGGCUGGUGCAGGUUCGAGGAUCGGGACGGCCCCGGCCUCUCCCCGGUCCCGGGGCAGGGCCUGCUGGGGGCGGGGCCGCCCUUGCCGGAGAAGCGGAGGAUUUCGGAGGGGGACCGGUCUCUGAGGUCCCCCUCUCCCUGCCUCAGCGGGUUCUCCAGCCCUCUCAGCGGGAGCACCUCCAGCCUCCCCUUCCCCAACGUCCUGUCUGAGCCCCACUCAUCCCGCGCCCUGGACACCCCCUCACCCGUUCUAGAUCUGCUCGAUGGUAAACACGUGACAGUGAAAUUUGUGCAGGACACCACAAAAUUUUGGUACAAGCCAGACAUCUCACGAGACCAGGCUAUUGCCGUCCUGAAGGACAGAGAGCCAGGCGCGUUCAUCGUUCGGGACAGUCACUCGUUUCGGGGGGCCUACGGGCUGGCCAUGAAGGUGGCCACACCGCCCCCCUCUGUUCUGCAGCAGGGCAAGAAAGGUGGAGACCUGUCCACUGAGCUGGUUAGACACUUCCUGAUUGAGUGCACAUCCAAAGGAGUCAGGCUCAAAGGCUGUCCCAAUGAACCCUACUUCGGCAGUCUCACAGCCUUGGUUUGUCAGCAUUCCAUCACUCCACUAGCCCUGCCCUGCAAGCUCAUCAUACCAAAUACAGAUCCCCUGGAAGAGCUGCAGGAGACGCCUCCUCCAACCAUCUCCAACUCCGCAGCCGAGCUCCUCAAGCAGGGAGCCGCCUGUAACGUGUGGUUCCUGGGCUCCUUGGAGAUGGAGUCACUGACGGGCCACCAGGCCAUCCAGAAGGCCACCGCCAUGACCCUAAACAUGGACCCGCCCCCUAUCUCCACGGUUGUCCACUUCAAAGUGUCGGCUCAGGGGAUUACGCUAACAGACAACCAGAGGAAGCUGUUCUUCAGAAGGCACUACGCUGCCAGCACAGUGAUAUUCUGUGCCUUGGACCCUCAAAACAGGAAAUGGAUGAGAAAUAGCAUUUCCUCAGCAAAGAUUUUUGGUUUUGUGGCACGCAAGUCAGGCAGCGCCAUGGAGAACAUGUGCCACCUGUUCGCCGAGCACGACCCCGAGCAACCUGCCAGCGCCAUCGUCAACUUCGUCUCCAAGGUGAUGAUCGGCUCCCAUAAGCUCAAAUAGACCCCCCUCUACUGCCCUCUACUGGCUUAAACUGCAACCGCUCAGAGUCCGAAACAGAGCCGCUGCUAAGCAACGUGGGGCACUGUGACCGUGCCGUGCAGACGCCAGGCGGCUGUAGUCUCACGGAGGACCGCAAUGGCAAACUGACAAAAAAAUGAAUUCACCACAAAAAAAUGAAUGCUCUUCGUGGGUAACCGGUGAAUGUAAGGUCACGCAAAAAUAUUCAUUUUUCUUCAAAAACAAAAAAAAAAACAUCACCUGCGGAUUUCAGUUUCUUGAAAUGUCUCAGUGUCCCGUGCUUUUAAAACAAAGCUGAGCGUGCAGGUAAGGUCAAACUUGCCCAAAAUCGCCUAACAUCAACUCGCCUUAAAAAAAGUGCCUGUCAACUGCCAUUAGCCGAGCCAGCCCGCGGUGCUGAAUAGUCCUCUGUAUGGGCACAGUUUCUGAGAAAAAACCUCCUUUUAUUCGGGUAAGAUGUGUGUGUUGUAGCCAUGAUUUCAUGGCUAAGAGUAAUAAUGUUACAUUUAUAUUUAAGCUCCGUCUGAAAUGAAUUAAGAACUAAAUCAUGUAUGCUAUUUUACCAAGAGUUUUGUGCGCUUUAAUAUUUCAAAGGCAUCGUAUUGUACAUUGAGUGCUUUGCCUUCAGCUUUAAAGAAAGUCAAGUAUAAUUGUAUUCAAAUGUGAUUUCAUGUGGUGUCAAAUACUGUUGUUUGUAUUUAAUCAAAAUGUUCUUCAACUUUUCAAACAUUUAUAUCAGAUACUCUGCAUUUCUUCCCAUUGUCACGUAUGGUAAAAUCCUCAAAACAUGAACACGUGUGUGCAUGUGUAAAACACAAUAUAAUAUGCUGCAUUGUGUAAAUAUCUGAUGAAAGUCAAUGUGCCUUUUUUGAUUGAAUACGUCAUCUUUUUGUAUUUACUGUUGUGGUAAGCAAGAUAAUACAAAACACUUUCUUUUGUUAUGCUUCAUUAAAAGGAUCUUUGAAAAUGUAUGUUAAAGCCUGUGUAAUAUCGUAUGAUGCAUUAAAACAUUCAGAGAGUAUAUAAUAUUUGUAUGGGUACACACAAGUAAUUGUCAGGAAUAUUUUUGUAUUUACAUGACAACUGUUUUUUUACAAUUUUACAAAAUCUUAAUAUAUUUUAUAACUACAGUACAUUAAAUUGUUUAUAUAGCAGAUCUACAAAUGGUAUAUAUAUAUUCGUGUAGAAGAGUCAUGCGCAAUUAAACAUUCACAUCUGUAUCAUGUUUGUUCAGUUUGUUUAGCUUCUCAAGUAUUCCCUUAUUAUCAUAUUGUCAUUAUUGUGUAUUUCAGUGUUAAACUGUCUAAUAACGUAUUUGUCCUCUUGUUAAAAUUUGUUUCAAGAUUUGAAAUGAAACGUAGCUUGAGACAGCUGCUUCAAAGCCUACCGAUUGUGAUGUCAUCAGUUACCUUCAUCAUAAAUGCGAUCUUCUCGGUCAUCUCUGUAUUUUACUGUGCAAGCUUGGGGAGGUUUUGUUAAAACAAUGACCAGGCCAUAUGUUUACUUAUGAGUACUGUUCAUGCUAUGCUGUUUAUAGUCAUUUCCAUAUUGUGUAUCGUGAUAUGCUUACUUGUAAAAUUGUUUUUUUUUUCCUCACUGUAUAAAUGUAUGAUGCAUCUUAUUCUGUACCUCGAGCAUACCAGCUAUUUUAAAGACAAUAAAAUUACAUUUUAUGUAA